CGACCCCUGGUUCCUCUGUAUAUAUCUAUAUUAUCUGAAUGUUUACAUUUCAGCCACUGAACUAUGCAGGAAAUUUGGAAAUUGGUGGAAUUCCUCUAAGAUGUUGCCGCUUGGUGGUGUUGGAAUGUGUUGGUUCUCAGUGAAAAUAAAAAGUAUUUAUGUUUCAGUGGUUUGGUGCUGCAGGUAUGUGGGAAAUGAAAACAGCUGCACAUGUUUGAGAUGUUUUUGUAAACGUGUUUGUUGUCCAUCGCUGAGUGAAUGUAAACUAACCCUGAUUUGAGCUCAGCCUCUUACUGAGGGGAUAUUUUUACCUUUCUGCAUUCUUGCAGUGUAGCUGUGAGGGUGUUUCUGGUUGAACUGGCCAAACUGCAUUUCCCUCUGACACACACUGAAACACUCCACACACUCCACACACACUUCCCUCAGUGUGUGUCCUCAGUGUGAGCUGCAUGAACACGACAAUGAUGGUCAUUAAAACUGUUAAAUGGAAUUAAACCACAGCCCGAACAUCAGGAGACACACGAUGGAGAACAGAAGAGAACCAGCACAGAGGCAGAUGGAGUCUCCACACAGCGUCAUACACACUUACUAUCAGGGGGACAUUAACACUGUGGUGGACGAACACUUCUUCCGCGCUCUGCAUAAAUCCAACAUGCCCAAAGACCUGAGCACCAAGAGCAGAGAGAACCGCAGAAUGUCCAAACCUGACUUCCCCGCUCCGUCCUCCUGGUCUCCAUCGUGGUCCAAAAGUGGAUUAUCUCCAGGUUCCUCCAGCCUGAGCCAGAGUUCCUCUGCUGAAGAACCGCUCCAUCCUCAGGGGGUCAUCAUGGGUCCACUGUCUGCUGACCCGUGGGUUUACCCGGGCAGACAGGGGUCUGGUUAUAACCUCCCCCAGCUGUACCGGCAGCCUGCAGUGCCCACUGGUGGCAGCUCCUCAUACCUCCAAUUGCUGCACAUGGAGCGGCCAGCAGGGGGCAUAGUGACCCCAGCCUCCACCAAAACAGAAACAGACAUGCAGCUGGAGUGGGCAGCUGGGAACAGCCACAGAGACGCACACGGAGGCAGGACUCACCUGGACACAGGUAUGCGGCUGCCAGAGAAAAGUAAGGAUGUGUACUGGUACUGAGAACGCAGAACCGUCCCCUCUACAGGACCAGCUGCUUUAAGAGGGAAAGGUCGCGACCCCUCAGAGACAGAGACUCUUACAGAAGCACUGCUGCAUUAAUGAAACACACGGAGCUGCAGACCAGGAGAUCCAGGAGAUCCAGGAGAACAUUGUUAUUAUUAUUAUUAAUAUAAUUACAUGCCACAGAUAUUUCUAUGCAGGUGUCACUUUACUGGAAGAUAACGCUCUGAUUCCAGUCUCUUCUGUUAUGUUCAGCUUCUCUCAACCCCAUAUUAAUCACUCCUCAUGCAAUAACUCACCAUAUUAAACAGAGAGUUAUUUAUAUUUUACUAUUUUUCUUUUUCAAAAAGUGAAAAAAUAAAGAAACAGCGGAGAGUCCUCCACUGGGGCCACGCCCACUUUAUCUCCACUCAAACCUUUCAGGUGUUUUAACCAGAGUUUUUCACAGCAGUCUGGAGUAGAAAACUGUCCAUUUCACACCAAGGGAAAUGUUCUAGAUCAGAAUCUUCAAAUAUUCAAGUAAUCAUAAAAGUGUGAAAAAUUGAGGAUAUUUGAUAUGCAAAUGCGAUGUUGUCUAAUGUUAUACACACACGGGAGAACCAUGAGCUGUCUGAAUUGUAUCCUCCACCAGAGGGCAGUGUAGAGCCUGUAUCUUCAGUGUUGCCAGAUUGGGUGGAUUUUGGUUGGAUUUGGUGGGGAAAAAAGUGCUUUGGAGGGAGAACAAAUGUUGGGCUGGUUUGUCAUGAUUUUGGCUGUAAAAAGUAUAUAUAAUUAUUAAUAAACUGCACUUCUUAAUAAUGCAGCUAAUACAUGAAUAAACUGGACCUCUCUGCACAUCCAA